ACAGUUCAACGACUCCAUGAACUGAAGAAGAGCACAGACCCGGAUAUUAUAUUUCUCAUGGAGACAAAAAAUCCCAAUGAGUUCGUCCUGGACAAACUCGAUCAUCUCGGAUAUGAGUUCUAUGAUCUCUUUCCACCAGUAGGACAUGGCGCAGGUGGACUAGCACUCCUCUGGAAACAGGAAAUACAACUCGAAGUUCUUGAGGCCAAUGCCAACCUACUGGACACGACCAUAGAGUACGAAGGCAAGAAAUUUUUUGCCUCCUUUGUUUAUGGAGACACAGACAGAAACCGCCGGAAACAAUUAUGGGAUCACCUAGUACUCACAGCGGAUCUCCGAGACUCACCUUGGUUCAUUACCGGAGAUUUCAAUGAUCUAGUCAGCAAUGAAGAAAAGGAUGGAGGUCCAGAACGUCCAGAAGGAUCGUUCUCUGACAUGAGAACCUUCCUAGCAGAAGGAGAUCUUUUUGAUCUGCAACACACAGGGGAUUGUUUGUCUUGGAAGGGCCAGCGGGGAGUACAUUAUGUUAGAUGCAGAUUGGACCGAGCAGCGGCGAACACUAGCUGGGCUGAGAGAUUUCCGACGGCUAGAUGUUUUUACCUCCCCUAUGAGAGUUCGGACCACAAACCACUCUUGUCAAUCUUUGAGCCGGCAAGGAAAAGACGUCGUGGUCUCUUCAGAUACAACAGGAGGUUAAAAGACAACCCUGAAGCCACAGAACUGAUCAGAGCUACCUGGCACUCAGCAAGAAAUAAAACCGUAGCGGAGAGGAUAGGUUUGGUACGGGGAGCAAUUUCCAGAUGGAAUAAGACCAAACAGACCAAUAGCCGAAUCCUUAUAGAGCAGAAGAGAGAAGAUCUCGAGGAAGCACAGACAAGUUCAGUGAAUGAUGUAAGCCUGAUCAACAAGAUAUCGGAGGACUUGAAAGCAGCAUACAAAGCGGAAGAAGCUUACUGGAGACAAAGGAGCCGACUACUAUGGCUGAAACUAGGAGACCGCAACUCCGGUUUCUUCCAUGCUACAACGAAGAAGAGGAAAAGAGCAAAUGACUUCUCCGUUUUAGAAGAUCCCGAUGGCACACCUGUCUAUACGGAAGAGAAAAUAUCAGAGGUGGUGAUCCAAUACUUCCAAAAUUUAUUCACAAGCUCACCGGGAGACCGCGAGGAAAUAGUGGAGAGAGCUCUAUUGCCUGUAAUCACUCAAGAAGAGAACGACAUCCUCAGUUCAAUCCCUUCGGCUGCGGAAAUAAAAAAGGCAGUUUUCUCUAUUCACGCGGACAAAGCACCAGGCCCGGAUGGUUUCUCCGCCGGAUUCUUCCACUCCAAUUGGGAAUCCAUUGGUAUUGACAUUAUAUUAGAGAUCCAAAGUUUUUUUGAAACCGGGAAACUGCCCCCAAAAAGCAACGAAACUCUCGUCCGUCUCAUUCCGAAGAUCAAAAGCCCUCGGACAGUGGCGGAGUAUAGACAGAUAGCGCUAUGUAAUGUGUAUUACAAAAUCAUCUCAAAGAUUUUGACCAAGCGCAUCCAGCCACUCCUCUCCUCUAUCAUAUCCGAAAACCAAUCCGCAUUUGUGCCGGGGAGAGCAAUCUCGGAUAAUGUCCUAAUCACCCACGAAGUGCUCCAUUUCCUCCAGACCUCUAAAGCAGAGAAACGGUGCUCCAUGGCAGUAAAGACGGACAUGAGCAAGGCCUAUGAUCGGCUCGAGUGGGAAUUCAUUCACCUAGUUCUUGAUAGACUCGGAUUCCACCCCCGUUGUAUAACGUGGAUCAUGGAAUGUGUCACCACUGUUACCUACGCUUUCCUCAUCAACGGCUCGCCUAGAGGAAAAGUGAAACCGAGUAGGGGAAUCCGCCAAGGAGACCCACUCUCACCAUACUUAUUUAUUUUGUGUAGUGAGGUCCUCUCGGGACUGUGUAACAGAGCUCAAGAAUCAGGAUCACUAGCUGGUAUCCAGGUUGCCCAUGGGUGUCCACGGGUUAACCAUUUACUGUUCGCCGACGAUACGAUGUUUUUCAUCAAAGCCAAGAAAGAGGAUGCCACGGCCCUAAAGGGAAUCCUCCAGAGCUACGAAGCCGCCUCGGGCCAAACUAUCAAUCCGGAGAAAUCCUCCAUCACUUUCGCAAAGAAGACCCAGAGCUCUCUCAAGACCUGUAUCCGUGACGCUCUUGGAAUCCAAAAGGAGGGAGGUAUGGGUAAAUAUCUAGGCCUACCCGAGCUCUUCGGGAAGAAGAAAAAAGAUCUGUUCUCGGCUAUUGUGGAUAAGAUAAAGGUAAAGGCAAGCAGCUGGUCAAACAAGCACCUCUCAACAGCUGGAAGACUGGUUAUGCUCAAAAGUGUGCUAUCUCCUAUUCCGUCUCACGCGAUGAGCUGUUUCAAGCUUCCUGUCUCGCUGUGCGAUAGAAUUCAGUCAGCACUGACUAGAUUUUGGUGGGAUGGAAGCAGUGAAACCCGUAAAAUGGCCUGGAUUUCGUGGGACAAGAUGACUCGAUCCAAGGGAGCAGGAGGCCUGGGCCUUCGAGACGUCCAAAGCUACAACGACGCUUUCUUAGCUAAGCUAGGCUGGAGGCUCCUUAAUAAUCCAGCGUGCCUGCUCAGCCGGAUCCUAAAAGGGAAAUAUUUUGAAGACACUUCGUUCAUCCAAGCUCAGAGCCGAUCAGUGCAAUCCCAUGGCUGGAGAAGUAUACUCAUAGGACGGGACCUCAUCAUGAGCAAUGCAGGAUGGGUAGUGGGAGAUGGCAAGACAAUCGACAUCUGGAAUGAUCCUUGGCUCAACUGUAAGGUACAAGAAAGACCAAUGGGACCGACCCCGGAGGCGCAGCAAAACCUGAAAGUUGAGAGCCUUUUCUUGCCUCACAAGACCGAAUGGAACAGGGACGCAAUCAACAGCAUAAUACCAUUUGAAGAAGAGAAAAUUCUCAUGAUCAAGCCAAGUACCACUGGGGCUCCGGACAAACUGGUAUGGCUUGGAACAUCUACAGGCGAAUACAGCACCAAAUCAGGUUACUGGACAGCAUUGAAAGCACGUCGGGACGUUCAUGCCGUAACAGAGCAGACUAUCCAUCAGGAACCUUUCGAAUGGAAUAAAAACAUCUGGAACCUCCACACGGCCCCAAAGAUCAAACUGUUCCUAUGGAAGAUCAUGAACCAAGCAAUCCCUGUCGGAGCCCAGUUGGCAGCUAGGAACAUUGGAACCGCUACACCAUGUAAGCGUUGCGAUAUCGUAGAAUCUAUCAGUCAUCUUCUCUUCCACUGUGAGUAUGCCCAAAAGGUCUGGUCUCUAGCCCCUUAUACUCACUGCUUGGACUCUAGAGGACUGGUAGAUUUUGCAUCUUGUUGGCCUACUCUAACCAAACUGACCUGUCUUCCGCCCACGGGUGUUGGCUCGGGACUGCUAGCGCCGUGGAUCCUAUGGUCCAUCUGGUUAGCAAGAAAUAACCUCCUUUUCAAUAACAAAGCAAUUUCACCAGAGGAAACCAUGACCAAAGCCCUCUCGGCAGCAAGGGAAUGGUUAGCGGCGCAAACAACGGUGGCCCCUGCUCUGCGAGUACCAGCGAAACCACCGCAUUUUCACCCACUGGAUUGCAUUGUUAUACAUUCAGAUGCGGCUUGGCACUCAGAACGGUUUCUUGCAGGGCUUGGAUGGAUCAUCGACACUGGAAUCAACAGCCGCUCGUACAUGGCGCAUUGCUUCUUCGUCAACUCAGCACUGGUGGCAGAAGCGCUAGCACUAAGGGAAGCACUGGCAACAUGCAUCGAUACGGAACUCCGCCGAGUGCAUUUCAAGUCUGAUUCGCUACAACUUAUCAAUGCGAUAAACUCUAGCUCCUCAUACCCUGAGGUGUAUGGUGUGGUUGCUGAUAUCCUCAGUCUCUCUCUUGCUUUUGAGUCUGUUUAUUUCUCUUGGAUUCAACGGGAAAACAACAAGGAGGCAGAUGCCUUGGCUAAGCAAGCCUUGUUGAAUGAACCUUUUGUAAUGACCUCCUUUGACAUUGGAGCCUAAGUAUGAAUGAAUGAAAAAUCUGUGUUACAAAAAAAAAAUAUAUAUAUAUAGCAAACAAGAGAGAGCAAAAACCCUAAAUAAUCAAACUAAGAAACUCUCUUUCUUUCCAAAGUUUUCUUUCAUCGGAAUGACAACGGAGACUGAGAGUUCGCACUUGACACAGUCAUCAUCAUCUUUACCUCCACAACCUCAAAAUCCAGUCGAUCAUCUGAGAUGCAACGAUUCAUCAACACAAGGUCUUCAAAACGAUGGAAUGAAUAAUAAAGGAUUGCAGAUUCUGCCUUCUGAUGACUUUUACAGUUGCAUUGUUUUCAACAUAACUCAACUUAAGAAUAUACUACUUAGCUGCUUCAACCCAUACGAGCCCGACAAUAUAGCAAGAGAAGCCAACGAAGAGCUCAGCAAACCACAAGCUAUUGCAGAGUCUAGCCAUGUUUACCAAUCUAUCCCUUCUGGUGAACACAUUCAAAAAGACGUUGCCUCCGAGCUGGUGUUUGGUACUCAAAGUUUAUCUUCCGCUUUUCCACCUCGACAGACUGAUGGAGGAUUCGAGGCAUUGAGUAAGAACUUCAAGCAGUGCGAGAUAUGGAAUGGUCCUCAAGGAAACAACAAUCAAGAAGAUCAAAUUGUUAAUACUAUUGAAGGAUCUGCUUACACGAUCCCCCGCAAGCCCCUUGACCCUAUCGGAAGACCUUUCAAUCCGUUUGGCCCUAUCGAGCGACCCAUCCCACGUUUGCCCUCUAGUUCUGAACUAGCAUAUUUGGGAUUCGCGUAAAAUACAAGUUUCAAGAACGUAUCACUGAGAAGUUCAUGUGUUUUCUUUCUCUCAUGACCUUAUCUUUUGUUUCUAGGGGUUUCUACAGAAUGUUGUUUCUAUUUUUAUCUAUAGAAAAUUAAAUACUAAAAAUUAUUCAAGAAUAUUUACAAGCUUUUAAGAGUUUCUACUUAAACGUUUUUUUUUCUAUUCACUUUUGGAAAGGUUGCGCACAAAAAAAAAAUCAAGCCCUUCAAUUUAAAUUAUACUUUUAUGGUUUGUAAUAAGUGAUCUACUUGCGCUGUAGAAGGCUGGGCGGGAUUAGUAGGCUGAACAAUCUACUGUUAGAGAUUAAUUUAGAGAACAAAGUUGCAGUUACUAAAAUAAUGUACGUGAGAAUAGGUCUAAAAAUUAAAUAAAUGUAGGAACAACAUCCAUGUAAUGGCUUAACAUUUAUCAUAUUGUUUAAAUUUUUGUUUAUUUUGUAUUUUCAAUUUAGAAAAUAGAUUAUUUACAUUUUAUUUAGAUAAUAGAAUAUUCACAUUUAUCAUCAUUUAUUAUUUUAUAGCCAACGAUUGAUGUAAGAGUAUAUUCAUAUCGUAUAAACCAACAACAAUGUUGUCAUCUUAGGCUAUACUGUUAAGGAGAAAUGUGUGGUUAGACGAGAAUUCCUACAAACAAAUAGAUAUAUGGACACAUAAUCUUUCUUUUUUUUGUCGACGGACAAACAUAUCAUAUAAAAUCCUUUCGAUGAUGCUUAUCCAAGGCCCAACGUCGGGUUGACUGAUUUUUUUUCCUGAACCAACAAGAACAAGGUUUGGUCUAUUUUUACUAUAUAAAUACCAGCUUAGAACGAAAACUUUAGCAACAUUGACAAUAUAGCAAACAAGAGAAGUAGAGGAUAUUGAGCAAAAACCCUAAAUAAUCAAACUAAGAAAGUCUCUUAAUUUCUUUCCAAAGUUUUCUCUCGUCCGAAUGACAACGGAGACUGAGAGUUCGCACUUGACACAGUCGUCGUCAUCAUCAUCAUCAUACCUCCUCCGCAACCUCAAAAUCCAGUCGAUCAUCUGAAAUCCAACGAUUCAUCAACACAAGGUCUUCAAAACGGUAUGGAUUCUAUUCAAAACCUCCAUGGUCCCUAGUUUACCUCGUUUGUGAAUUUUCCUUUUUUUUGUUUUUUUCUUGCUUUACAAGUUUCCUUGAAUUUUCAAGUAGAAUAGAAUUUACAAAUUUCUAUAAACCUAAUCUUUCUCUUUCGGUUGAAUAUUACAGAUGGAAUGAAUGAUAAAGGAUUUCAGAUUUAGCUUUCUGAUGACUUUUACAGUUGCGUUGUUUUCAACAUAACUAAACUUAAGGUAUGUCUGUUUGUUAGUACGUAUCAAUUUCAUCAUAAUUGAUGCUUCCCUCUCUGUUUUUUUUUAUAUACAAUUGUUUUUUGCAGAAAAUACUAUUCAGCUGGUUUAACCUAUACGAACCCGAUAAUAUAGCAAGAGAAGCCAACGAAGAGCUGAACAAACCACAAGCCACGACAGAGUCUAACCAUGUUUACCAAUCUAUCCCUUGUGGUGAACAAAUUCAAAGUUUAUCUUCCACUUUUCCGCCUCAGCAGACUGAUGGAGGAUUCGAGGCAUUGAGUAAGAACUUCAAGCAGUGCGAGAUAUGGUAUGGUCCUCAAGGAAACAACAGUCAAGAAGAUCAAAUUGUUAAUACUAUUGAAGGAUCUGCUUACAUGAUCCCCCGCAAGCCCUUUGAUCCUAUCGGAAGACCUUUCAAUCCGUUUGGCCCUAUCGAGCGACCCAUCCCACGUUUGCCCUCUAGUUCUGAACUAGCAGAUUUGGGAUUUGCUUAAAAUACAAGUUUCAAGAACAUAUCACUGACAAGUUCAUGUGUUUUCUUUCUCACAUGACCUUAGAGCAUAUGCAUUAAGGGUUCAAUGUCCAAGUUCACACAGUUCCCAAAAAAAAAAAAAAAAUAUUCUCAUUUUUAUGAACUCAUCCCUUGCAGGUUCGCUGCGAUGAACUCGGUUCAUCACUGUAGCGCGGGUCUUACGCCACGUGGCGAUCCGCGAUUGGUCCGUUUAUUUAUUUAUUAUUUUUUUUUUAAAACCAAACGAAAAAAAUAAAAAAAAAAUAAAAAAUUAAAGUUAUGAUCCCCUCAAGGUUCAUUGAUGGAGAUGCUCUUAUCUUUUGUUUCUAGGGUUUUCUACAGAAUGUUGUUUCUAUUUUUGCCAUCUAUAGAAAAUACUAAAAAUUAUUCAAGAAUA